AUGAAUGCAGCAAAUCAGUCAGUAAAGCGCAGCACGUUCGAGGAUGUCCGGGACGCGGAGGACGCUCUGCUCAAUCUGGACCGGAAGUGGGUCUGUGGACGGCAGAUCGAGAUCCAGUUCGCUCAGGGAGACCGCAAGACGCCGGGGCAGAUGAAGACCAAAGAGCGGCAGUCGCCACGCAGCCACUCGCGAUACGAUGACUACGAUCGGCGCAGACGCUCACGCAGCCGCGACAGACGCAGGUCUCGCAGCCCGUCCUACGACAGGCGCCGCAGACGAUCCCAGAGCCCUAGAGACAGGUCCAGAGGAGGAACACACCGCAGACGCAGCCGAGAACACGACAGGCCCAGGCCGUCUGCACGUGACCGUAGCCGAAGCCCCGCCCACUCCAAGAGAAGGGGCGGAGCUCAGUCGCGCUCCAGGUCCAAGUCCAGCAGCCCGCGGGAAACCAGCCAGCUCCACACAGAGAGUCCGGACGCCGCUGAGGAGAAGACGCAGACGCGCUCCCCGUCCCGCUCCAGAUCCCGCUCCAGAUCCCGCUCCUGGGCCGGACGCAAGUCCUGGGGGCAUUAGAGUCCAUGCAAACCUGUUUAGGUUUUGUCGUUUGCGUGAAUGUCUGCGAGUGACAGCCGUCUGUCUGUUUCUUUUAAUACGGAGGCAAUCAAAGCAUCGCCUGUUUUAGCACACGCAUCUGCUAGCGGCUGCAGUGUUAGCAUUGAUGAUGUCUGUGUGGUUUAGUUUACAAGCGCAGCUGCGCAGAAUGAGAGAUGAAAAUCACCUCAAUAUUUUUGUAAGAGAUUUUUGUUUUAGUUGAUCAGUAAUGGCCAUCCAUUUAAAACGGUCUUCCACGAGUGUCUCGGAUGUGUUUUAUUGUGAAAUCUGCAGGCCUUUUACAUGUAACCUCAGAAUGAAAUAAAUUUCUUGUGCAUCA